CAACAACAACAACAACAACAACAACAACAACAACAACAGCAACAACAACAACAACAACAGCAACAACAACAACAACAACAACAACAACAACAACAACAACAACAACAACAACAACAACAACAACAACAACAACAACAACAACAACAACAACAACAACAACAACAACAACAACAACAACAACAACAACAACAACAACAACAACAACAACAACAACAACAACAACAACAACAACAACAACAACAACAACAACAACAACAACAACAACAACAACAACAACAACAACAACAACAACAACAACAACAACAACAACAACAACAACAACAACAACAACAACAACAACAACAACAACAACAACAACAACAACAACAACAACAACAACAACAACAACAACAACAACAACAACAACAACAACAACAACAACAACAACAACAACAACAACAACAACAACAACAACAACAACAACAACAACAACAACAACAACAACAACAACAACAACAACAACAACAACAACAACAACAACAACAACAACAACAACAACAACAACAA